AACGGAAUAUUUUUUGUUCGAAACAAAAAAAAAAUAUUUUGAAAGAAAAAAAUGAUGAAAUUAGAUUCACCGUUUAUCAAUGAAAUGAAUGAUCAAAUAUCAUCCGAAUCAACGAAUAUUAAUGGAAAAAAUUCGGAAAAAAUUUCAAAAUCAUCACCAUCAGUAUUUGACAGUGCACAACGUGUUCAAAUUCAACAAUAUCUGCAUACAGUUUCUGGACAAUUAAUUAAGCCAACAAUUCAAGAAAUUGAACAUAAUUAUGCAAAAUGUCCACAUAUAAAUCCAGAUCCACAGAUUUAUGCACAACCAACCAAAUAUCUUUUUAUGAAACAUUUUCCUCGACAUCUAACUGGAUCAUCAUCAUCAUCAUCGAAUAAAUAUCAACAACAAUCGGAUGAUGAUAUCGAUGUUGUUACAUAUGAUGAAAUGAAAAAGAUUCCAUUUCUAACACCAAAACCACCACCUAUACCGAUAAAAAUUGAUGAAGAUAUUGCUGAAAUUGAUUCAUCCAUUACGGAUAAAUGGACAAAUGAAAAGAAUAAACUAUGGACACGUGCAACAAAAAUUAUUCAUUCAGAUCGUAUGGCACGUUUAUCAUUUGAAGGUCAUGUUAAUGAAGUACUAUUAAAACGUAAUCUACAAGAUCAUACUACACAAAAAUUUCGUGAAUUAUUUUCAUCAACAUUUUGGAAUUCAAAAUUAUUGGAAUGGUUACAUGAAACAUUACUUGAACAUUUGAAUAUAAAUUAUCAACAAGUUUAUAUUGAAUCAUUACAAAUUCUUCGGCAAAAAAUACCCACAUUAAUCGAACGAUUUUAUCAUGUUAAAGAUCGAAUUGAAAAUAAAAAUCGACCAACAUUGAAUGAUCCAUUAUUUAAUACAUUAAGUCAUUAUAAACCGAAAAAACUUCCAAGAAAACCAAUAUUUAUACUUGUACCGAAUGGACCGAAUCAAAAUUUAAAUCAAACUAAUUCUCCGCGUUUGAAAUAUUGGAGUUCAUUGCUUAGUUCGAUGGGAAAAUUAGUAUCAUUAUCUGUACCGGCUAAACCAACUGAUUAUAUUGCCGACAUACUUAACGAUAUACGUUAUGUUGUAAAUGAAAAAAUUAAAAAUUGUAAAAAUUCCUAUUCAUCAAGACCAGUAGUAUUGAUUGGAUUUAAUUCAGCAUCAGUACUUGCAGUACAUUGUGCAUUACAAAAUCCUCGUUCAAUUGCUGCUAUUGUUUGUUUAGGAUUUCCAUUGAAAACAAUUAAUGGUAAUCGUGGUGAAUUAGGUGAUACAAUUCUAGAAUUAUCAUGUCCAAUACAAUUUAUAAUUGGUGAAAAUUCUGUACUAACACCAUUGGAUGAUAUUGAAGAUUUUCGUGAAAGAAUGACACAUACAAGCUAUAUGCUUGAUCAUUUAAGUUCAUUAGAUAUUGAUGCUGAAAUACCAUAUGAACGUUUGACCGGUAUUAUCUGUACAAUUGGACCGGCAUCCAAAAAUGUUGAUAUAUUAGUAAAAAUGAUACGUUCCGGUAUGAAUAUUGCACGUUUAAAUUUUUCACAUGGUACAUAUGAUUUUCAUCGUGAAUUAAUUGAAAAUGUACGUAAAGCAGUAAAAAUUGCAGCCGCUGAUUAUGAUGAACAAUUUUUACCUGUUGCUAUUGCAUUGGAUACAAAAGGACCAGAAAUUCGUACCGGCCUAUUGGAACAAGGUCCAACAGCUGAAGUAGAAUUGAUUAAAAAUCAAAUGAUUCGUAUAACAGUUGAUGAUGCUUAUCGUGAACGUGGAUCAUCCAAAAUUCUUUAUAUUGAUUAUAAAAAUCUGGUUAAAGUUGUAAAUAUUAACAGUAAAAUAUUUAUUGAUGAUGGACUUAUUUCAUUGUUGGUCAAAGAAAAAGGUUCAGAUUAUCUUGAUUGUUUAGUUGAAAAUGGUGGUUCAGUUGGUUCGAAUAAAGGUGUUAAUCUACCUGGUACAUUAGUAGAUUUACCAGCAUUAUCGGAAAAAGAUAAAAAUGAUCUUUUGUUUGGUAUUGAACAACAAAUUGAUAUUGUUUUUGCAUCAUUCAUUCGUAAUGCUGAUGGUGUUAAAGUUAUAAGAGAUUUUUUGAAACAAAAUGGUGGUGAAACAAUUAAAAUAAUAUCGAAAAUUGAAAAUCAUGAAGGUGUUAAAAAAAUUGAUGAAAUUCUUGAAAUUAGUGAUGGUAUUAUGGUAGCACGUGGUGAUCUUGGUAUUGAAAUACCACCGGAAAAAGUUCUUUUAGCACAUAAAAUGAUGAUAGCUAAAUGUAAUACGGCUGGUAAAUCGGUAAUUUGUGCAACACAUAUGCUAGAAAGUAUGAUUAAAAAACCAAGACCAACACGUGCUGAAGUAUCGGAUGUUGCAAAUGCUGUAUUGGAUGGAUCGGAUUGUGUUAUGUUAUCCGGUGAAUCGGCUAAAGGAAAUUAUCCAAUUGAAUCCGUUCAAAUGAUGCAUCGUAUUUGUUUGGAAGCUGAAGCAGCUAUACAUUCAAGAAAUUUAUUUCAUGAACUUGAUUAUAUGACACCACCACCAACAAAUGCAACAACAGCAACAGCUAUUGCAGCUGUUUGUGCAUCAUUAAAAGUUGAAGCUUCGGCCAUUAUUGUCAUUACAUCGACCGGGCAAAGUGCUUAUACAGUGGCUAAAUAUCGACCAAGAUGUCCAAUAAUUGCCAUAUCAAGAAGUAGACAAGUUUCACAGCAGGCACAUCUUUUCCGUGGAUUAUUACCAAUUUAUUAUACACAACCACGUAAAGAAGAAUGGACAAAUGAUAUGGAUGCUAGAAUUGAAUUUGGUAUUCAAUAUGGAAGGAAACGUGGUUUUAUUCAAUCAGGUGAUUCAGUUGUAUUGAUAACUGGUUGGCGACAAGGUUCUGGUUAUACAAAUACAAUGCGUAUAAUUACUGAUUUACCUUGAUCAUUAUAAUGAAACAAAUUUUUAAAUUUUUCUUUUUUUCAAUUUAUAAAUCUAACAAUCAAAAAAAAAAACAAAUAAAUUUACAAAUUAGAAAUUCCGU